GUCAUUUUGAAAACCACCAAUUAUAGCAAAAAAAGCCGAGACCCAUAAAACUUGGACUGGAUUGUUCUGGAUGUUUUUAAGGAAUUUUUUGUUGAUUUCUCCACUUUAAAAGUAUUUCAUUUAGAUAAUAUUCAUUUUGAUUAAAAACAGCGAUUAUCAUGUUUGGCUUGAUUAUAUCUGGAAGACUGCCUCAGACUGAUUUUGUAAGAGUCGACGAAAACAAAUUGUUGAUCAAUGUUCCUGAAGUGGAUAAAGUGAAUUAUAUUGUAAUCUUCCUUACCGGGGUGUCCCCGCUGCCAGAUGGAAUGUCCGCAGCUGUUUACUUCAGCUGGCCUGAUGCCAGUUCGGCGCCCGCCUGGCAAUAUUUAGGCCAUAUUUCCAACAGCAAGCCGUCGGCGAUUUUCAAGAUCUCACAACUUAAAAAAGGCCACGAAAUAGAACAAAGCACAAUGGUGUUUGGAAACCAAGCUAUAUCACACAUAGCCCAAAUUGGCAUCUCAGUAGAGCCAGAUAUUGCGGUGUGUCAACUUACUCCUGCAAUCUCGAAUCCCAACAACACCUUACAGUUUGGACAGAAAAUGCUAGAAAGCUUUUAUAAUUAUGCAUCAAGUUUUUGCAUUACCCCACAACAGAUUCCGAAUAUGGUUGGAGACGCAACGGCGUUAGUUCCGCUAUCUACUCUCCAAACUUGGUACACAAACUUCCAGCGAAGACUUGAACAGAACCCAAACUUUUGGAAAUACUAGUGAAGUAAUGCAAUGUUGAUUGAAGCAAGACCGUGCUUUGCCAAGGUAUUAGAUAAAACUUGUAAUUAACAAAAUGGGACAAGUUUACUAAAUCAACAUUCUCCUAAAGAUGCACGCCGGUUUUUAUAUAUAAGUUCGAGGUUUGUGCAUGUCAGAGAGCCAAGUGUUUUAUACAGCUUUAGUUAAGGUAUCACAAUGUAUUUGCAAAUUCCCUAAAUAAAAUCUUAAACGAAGAAUCAUGUUCAUAUUUUA